CUCCCCCAAUCCUCGAGCGUCCGAAUCACCCCUCUCCCUUGUCCCUAUCCUACUCUAACUCCUCGAGCUUCUGCACCAUGGCGAACGCCACAGAUUCUUCCACCAGCGACCCCCUCAUCAAUGGCGCUGGUGCGUCCCCUAAGAAAGUCGCAUACUUUUAUGAUUCCGAUGUGGGUAACUAUGCCUAUGUCGCUGGCCACCCAAUGAAGCCGCACCGCAUACGCAUGGCCCAUAGUCUGAUCAUGAAUUAUGGUCUCUACACCAAGAUGGAGAUUUACCGCGCAAAGCCUGCCUCCAAAUACGAAAUGACGCAGUUUCACACGGACGAGUACAUUGACUUCCUCAACAAGGUCACGCCUGACAACAUGGACAACUUCGCCAAGGAGCAGAGCAAGUACAACGUCGGUGACGACUGCCCUGUCUUCGACGGUCUGUUCGAGUUCUGUGGCAUUAGCGCUGGCGGCACCAUGGAAGGUGCGGCCCGGCUGAACCGCGGCAAGUGCGAUGUCGCGGUGAACUGGGCUGGUGGUCUGCAUCACGCCAAGAAGAGCGAGGCCAGUGGGUUCUGCUACGUGAACGACAUCGUUCUUGGAAUCAUCGAGCUUCUAAGAUACAAGCAAAGAGUGCUCUACAUCGACAUCGAUGUUCAUCACGGCGACGGCGUCGAGGAGGCCUUCUACACAACCGAUCGCGUCAUGACGGCGUCCUUCCACAAGUACGGAGAGUACUUCCCUGGCACUGGAGAGCUGCGCGAUAUUGGCGUGGGAACCGGCAAGAACUACGCCGUCAACUUCCCCUUGCGGGACGGCAUCACCGAUGAGACCUACAAAAGCAUUUUCCAACCCGUGAUCCAGGCUGUCAUGGAUUUCUACGUCCCUGAAGCUAUUGUGCUACAGUGUGGUGGUGACAGUUUGUCUGGUGACAGGUUGGGUUGCUUCAAUCUGAGCAUGAACGGACAUGCAAAUUGUGUGAGAUUCGUAAAAACUUUCGGCGUGCCGGUUAUUGUGCUUGGCGGCGGUGGAUACACGAUGCGAAAUGUUGCGCGUACAUGGGCAUUUGAGACUGGAACGCUUGUGAACACGCCAAUGUCGAAGCAGCUACCCUUUAACGACUACUAUGAGUACUUUGCUCCUGAUUACGAACUCGAUGUCCGUCCGUCUAAUAUGGAGAAUGCAAACUCCUCCGACUACCUGACAAAGAUUAGAAACACAGUAAUUGACAAUAUUAGGCGGACUGGCAAACCCUCUGUAGAAGCUCUUUCGGAGGUCCCUAGGAACUCGCUUGGAGCUAUAUCUCGAGGGCUAGAAUCCGACGACGAGGACGAAAUGGAUGAUCUGGACGCCGAUGAACAUCCGGAUCAGCGUGUGACCCAGCGGCAGAGGGACCAGCAGAUCGAACACGAUGCUGAAUUCUACGAAGCCAGUGAUGACGAAGAUUACAAGGACAGCCUUGGCGUGCGGCGCCAACCCGGCGCAAUUCGAAGACGGAACAUCAUGGAUUACCAGAACCCGAAUGCUGUGCCCGAUGACAAUGGCGCAGAGACUCCAGACGGCCUGCGCGCUCUGAAUGGCGAGAGUGGGAGAACUACACACCAACCUUCUCCCGCACCAGGCCGCCGAUCUAUUUCCCGUGCAUCGUCAUCACGACCCGCGGCUACAAACGGCAAUGGUUUGACCGGCUCUCACAGCAACGGCACAUCAUCUCGGACAAGGACACCAGCCGUGCAGGCAGACGAUGACGGCGAUAUUACCAUGGAGGAGCCCGGCGAUGCUUCUCCAGGUGACGAGGCUGAAAGUUCUACUAGACUUGAAGCAGCUAACGCUACGGCUGCGGGCCCGCCUGAAGCCACAUCCCAGACUGUCCGUGCGGCGUCGUCACAGUCGAGGUCACCUGCUGGUGUGGUUACGCCUCCGGAAUCCCCGCCUGCGGCUUCGACUGCUGCUGCGAGUGGUGUUGGUGCUGGUUCUGGCGCUAGUGCUAGUGCUGGUACUUGUGCUGAUGCUAGUACUAGUGCCGAUGCUGAUGCUGAUGCUGGUGCUGGUGCUGGUGAUGAUGUUGAGAUGGACGAGGGUGAUAUUGAAGAGGACGUGAAGACUGAAGAGAAGGCUGAAGCCGAGAAAGGCGAUGCGUUGGAGCAGAGAGAGGAUGAAGAUGAAACAGUUGCGGCAAGGACCGAAGCCGCAAAGGAGGAGUGAGUGGGCCGGGAGGGUGCUGUGAAUAGUGAUCAUGGCAUUGAAAAUUUUGUUUCUGGGCAGUGUAUGUGGAGUUUUGGAUCGCAUGGGGUGGGAUGGGAUGGCUUUCUCUAUGUGUCUCUCGCAGGUUCUGCAAGGUGUUUGGGAAUACCUGGCACGGUGCUUUCUUGUGAUUUUUGUUAUAUUGGUCAAAUUUGCUCCAAGAUAGCUUCUCUGAAAGUCAUCUAGGUAGGAUUCGACGAGUGAUGCUAUGGCUACAUCCGGCAGGUGGCGUUAGAAGGGUUCAAGACCCUGAAGCCUGAUGAUUG